CGACUUACUGUAGGAAGCAUUCUCCAUCAGGGGUUCUCUUUCCACUCCGGCAAGCUAUUCCAUAGCUGAGCUCUAGCUGACCCGACCCUUCACGAACCUUGCGAAAUUUGACGAGGGUGUUCGCUCUGAUAUAAAACAUGUCAGCUUGAGUGCCCGGUGGUCCUCAACGCUUGUUCGAGAUAACAGUUGCCUACGCGCUCAGUGCUUGUGAGCACCCGCAAAGCUAGUACAACAUGGCUGAUACUGCGAUCAAGAUCACAACCGCCGGGAAAGAAUACAAACCAAAAACAGCCGAUCUCCUCGCAGUAAUAUUCCGCGAUGACCCAGUCAUCCGAUUCAUGCUCUGUUCCCUCACCCAACAACAACGCGACGCAUACAUAAAAGAAUGGUUCCAAACAGUUCUCCAAGCAGCCGCAGUCAACGAUGCAAUUUUCCAAGAAGCCGAUAAUUGGUCCUCAGUCGCAGUUUGGAUGAAACCGGGCAAGAAAGUCGUCAGCUUUGUGACUUUUAUUCAACCCGCUUUCAUUCAGACUUUAUUCAAAUUGGGAUUUGGAGGUCUGAAGAGGAUGUUGGUAGAUUUCAGUAGCGCUACAGAUGCGAUUAAAGCGAGGCAGUUGAAGGCCAGAGGGAUUAAGAGGUUUUAUUAUUUGUUUUUUAUUGGUACUGUGGAUGAGCAGCAAGGGCGGGGCUUGGCGAAGAUUGUGGUGAAGAGGUGGCAGGAGAAGUGUUUGCAAGAGGGCGGAGUGCCGAUUUGGUUGGAGGCUACGACUCCAAAGAGUAGAGACGUUUAUCUUAAAUGCGGAUUUGAGGUUGUGGAGGAGUUGGUCAUGGGUGCAGGGACUCAUGAUGCACGAGGAGAAUUUGCAGAGGGAGGUGAAGGCGUGAGGUUGUGGGCUAUGCUGUGGAAUCCGAAUAGCAAGGAGAGUAGCUCAGCAAAUGCCUGA